GCUGCACAGAGACACUGACCAGCUAACGGCAGAGCACACUACCACGGGACACACAAGCACUGCACAGGAGCAGAUGGCCCUGAGCACUUCCUGUCUCCUGGCCUGUCUGCUGGGCAUGACUACUCACCUGGGCUCAGUGUUACCAGUCCAUGUCACCCGCGGGAUAAUGGCAUUCCACUCGGCCUUCUCCGCCGCCCGCACAAGCGGCAUCCCAGGUGGGUUCCAGCAGGCUGUGACCUUUGACCGGCUGCUGGUCAACAUGGGAAAUGACUUUGACCCUGACACAGGGCGCUUCCGCUGCCGUGUCCCUGGUGCCUACUACUUUGCCUUCACUGUGGGAAAGUUCCCCAGGAAGCUGCUUUCAGUCAUGUUGGUGAAGAAUGCACAAGAGGUUCAGGCCAUGGCAUACGAUGGUCACCGCCGCAAAGAUCGCAAGGUACAGAGCCAGAGCGCCAUGGUCAACCUGAAGGCCAUGGACACAGUGUGGCUGCUGCUCAACUCCAGUCCUAAGUACGCCCUCUACAGCAAUGCAGGCCCCUACAUAACCUUCACCGGCUACCUGGUGUACCCCGACUCUACCUCUGGUUACCUCAGCAACCACUUAGCUGCACCAGGGCUGGGCUAUCAAGGCUGCCCUCCUCUGGGGGACCCCAGGCAGCCCUGGGAGGAGCCCCGCUCUGCCUUCUCAGUGGCCAGGACAUCCCCACUCCUUGGAGAGAGGUCUGAGCUGGGGGAGAAGGAGGCCCUGACCUUUGAUGUGGAGUAUGUUAACAUCGGGGGCCACUUCAACAAAACUUCAGGCCGCUUCCUGUGCCGUGUCCCCGGUGCAUACUACUUCUCCUUCACGGUGGGGAAGCACCCGCACCGUGCCCUAUCGGUGAAGCUGAUGACUGGCGAUGGCGAGGUGCAGGCUAUGGUGUUUGACGAGGAUGAGUCACGGCGGCGUGAGAUGCAGAGCCAGAGUCUGAUGCUGUCACUGCGGGAGGGAGACAGCGUGUGGCUCUAUAGCCAGCAGCAUGAGCGCUUUGCUGUCUAUAGUAACCAGGGCCGCUACACCACCUUCUCCGGCUUCCUGGUCUACCCAGACACCAGGUUCUACUAUCCUGCCAGAACUCACUUCUGA